GAGAGGGAGAGAUAGUUAAAAGGGGGGCGAAGCUGGUGAGAACGAUGGCCUCCGGUCAAACUCCAUGGCGCCAACCCCCUCCCCACACCCCAACCACAACCCUUAUUCCCACCAUAACCACCGGAAUUCCUCCGGGCCAAACCCUAAUUAGUCCCCUCACCCCAAUUCCUUGGCGUGGGCUUUGAGAGGGAUUGUAUCUAGGGAUUGGUCUUUUCGUUCUUGGAGGGUUUAGAGCUAGGGCUAGGGUUCUUGGAGUAAGGGAUGAUGGAGGGGGGUUCAGGGGGGAACGACGUGGAGUUGGUGUGCAAGACGCUCCAGUUCGAGCAUAAGCUCUUCUAUUUCGAUCUGAAGGAGAAUCCCCGGGGGAGGUACCUCAAGAUCUCUGAGAAGACCUCGGCCACCAGAUCCACCAUCAUUGUGCCCGUGAACGGCAUCGUCUGGUUCCUCGAUCUCUUUGCUUACUACGUUAAUUCUGAUGAGAGGGAUGCCUUGAGUAAGGAGCUGAAGCUUGAUACCAAGGUAUUCUAUUUUGACAUCGGAGAGAAUAAAAGGGGGCGCUUUUUGAAGAUUUCAGAAGCAUCUGUUAGCAGAAAUCGUAGUACAAUAAUUAUUCCUGCGGGAAGCUCGGGUGAAGAAGGAUGGGCUGCAUUUAGGGACGUUUUGCUAGAGAUGAAUGAUGAGGCUUCACGACUUUUCAUUGCACCCAAUCAGCAACAUAUGGAACCUUCAGAGCGUCUUCCAGGGCUUUCAGAUGAUGUGGGUGUUGGAUUUAUAUCGGGCUAUGGUGCCCAACCAGUCGCAGGGUCUGACUUGAAUGUUGAUAGAUUAGUUGAGCUUCCCCCGCAGGAUGAAAUUGGAAGCUUGGGGCUAUCAAAAGUAAUCAGAGCAGAUCAGAAAAGGUUUUUCUUUGACUUGGGAAGCAAUAACAGGGGUCAUUUCCUGAGGAUAUCUGAGGUUGCUGGAGCAGAUCGCUCAUCUAUAAUCCUUCCCUUGUCUGGUUUGAGGCAAUUCUAUGAAAUGCUUGGCCAUUUUGUGGAAAUAACCAAAGACAGACUUGAAGGAAUGUCAGGUCCCAACAUUCGGACCGUAGAGUCUAUGCAGAGAUGACUGAAUGAGUUUGGUCGGCUUCUUGGUUGCUCUUGUCAGGUUCUCUAGUUAGCAGCUGGUAUAUUAAUUAAGAAAAAAUGUGUUGAUUGUGCUCUUUCCUGUUAUUUUCUUCCUCAUCUGCUCGGAUGGGUAAUAAUCUUGUUUCUCGUUUCUCCAUUCCUCGGUAGAGAAUGUUGAGUUUUUGGGAAGUUUUUUUUUUCACCUUGGAAUAAUAGAGGACAUAAUAUCCUGUAAGUUGUGCUUCUAGUGGUACAAUGAGUGUUGCAUUGGUUGCAGAAGAUCACUCUAUCUGGGCUUAGUUAGC